CAAGUCAGAGACUGACAAGAGUAAUAUUUUUUUUAACGUGAGAAAUAUCUUAUGCACAGUUUUGACGCACGGGGCAGGGGGAAAACUCAUGGUUUAUCAUCAAGCGUUCCUCCAGUUUCGGUUUUCUUUUCUUAUUUCUGUGUCUGUGUCCGUCAUGAUUUCCUUUCCAUGAAACGGGCAGAGUUCCUCACUUCUCCCCGAGCGCAGCUCAGAGCAGGCACCGCCAGCCCUCGACUGGAAGACGUUGAGUUUCCUUUCCUUUCUCUCGCUCUUCUGGACGGGGGAGUCCUCCUGCUGCUUUCUUCAGCCCCUUCCUCCACAGUCAAAGCAGAAAGUAUGUCUGCUCCAGGUACUUCAGCUGAAAUUUUGGAGUGGUUCAGAGCCCAUAAAAUGGAGAUUUCUCUUGCAAUUAGAGACCCGUUUCCUUUUCUCUGUGGCCUACGAGACAAGAAUAUAAUCUCUGAAGAAGAUUUUCAGUAUUUGCAAGAUUGGGUAACUGCAAAUCCAAAUGAUAUUCAAAGAGUGGUAUCCGCUGUCCUUGAGAGGAUUCAGGGCAAUCUGUCAGCAAUAGAGGAAAUCUUCUGCAGCAGUAACCUGGCAGCAUAUCAAGACUUACGGCCACUAUAUGAAAGCCUAGGAAAUGGGACACAAGAGCAAAGUCUGGAUUUCCAGGGCACAACACUGCCCGUAACCUGUGGAACAGCACAAGGCAUUUUACAUGUGGAUAUAUUUGCAACAGGAGUUUCAAGAAAAAGUAUUGAGGGUUCCAAUGGAAAGUGGUUCACACCAUCACAAUUUGAGAUUGAAGGUGGACGUAAACCGUGGAAAUGGUGGAGGAGAAGUAUCCAAUGUGGGACGACUUCAUUAGACACAUUAAUAAAGAGGGGACAGCUACCUGAGCCACCACAAAAUCCCAACAGGACAAUGAUGUCUGAACAUGAUGAUGUAUGUAUUGUAAGUAAGAAAGAAGAUUCACGGAUAUGCUGCAGUUCAUUUCCCAGAUGCUUUGAUGAAGAUUGUCAUAUUCCGAAAAUAUCUGCUGAGAAAAGCAUGUCUGCUCCAGGUACUUCAGAUGAAAUUUUUUGGUGGUUCAGAGCCCAUAAAGUACAGAUUUCUUUGGCAAUCAAAGAUACUUUCCCUUUCCUCUAUCUCCUGCGAGACAAGAAAAGAAUCUCCGAAAAAGAUUUUAAGAAAUGGUGUGAUAAGGUAAUUGCACAACCAAAUGAUAUUUCUAAAGUGGUAUAUGAUGUCCUUGAGAGCAUUCAGACCAAUGUGUUAGCAAUAAAGGAGAUCUUCUGCAAGGAGAACCUGGAAGCAUAUCAAAAUUUACAGCCAUUAUACGAAAGCCUAGAAAAUGUUCUCCAGAAUGCUCAGAAUAGUCCUGCCGCAGAACCUGGGAGCAGCAAAGUACUCCAGGGAGAAAUGAAGAAACCUGCAUCCCCUGGGAAGCAACAAAGAAAAGGCAUGCAGAAUAAUGAAAUACAAGAUUUGAGUGUCGAGGUCCGAACACUGAAAGUACGCUGUGGAAAAAGUAAAGGUGUUUUAUAUAAGAAUAGAUUCAUAGCAGGAGUUUCAAGGAAAUGUAUCAAGGGUUCCGAUGGAAAAUGGUUCACACCAUUAGAAUUUAAGGCUAAAGGAGGAUAUAAAAGUUCAAAAGGCUGGAGAAGAUGUAUCCGCUAUGGUGGGAUUUCCUUAGAAGCAUUAAUCAAGUGGGGAGAAAUACUGAAGCCACAACCGGAAUCCUCCAGAAUGCAGAAGCCAGAUGACCUGUGUGCUGUGUGCUGUGUGUGCUGUGAGGAGAGAGGUCACUGAUACACUGCAAUUCAUGUCCCAGAUCUUUUCAGGAAGAUUGUUGAGAAAAAGCAGUUCACUUCAUGUCACAUUAGCAGACAUCUUUAGAA